AUGGGUCUCGAUCUAUAUGAAAUUCUCGAGAUCGACAGCUCGUCGUCAAGUGGCGAUAUAAAACGUGCAUACCGUAAACUUGCCCUUCGGUACCAUCCGGACAAGGUGAGUGAAGAAGAGAGAGGAGAAGCUGAAAUCAAAUUCAAAGAAAUCUCCCAUGCGUAUGAAAUCUUGAUCGAUGACACGAAAAGACUGGAAUAUGACCUAUAUGGAACCACAGAUGGUAUGGGUAAUGGUAUGGGUCCUGGGCUGGCAGGCUUUGAUGCUAAUCCUUUCGGUAAUGGGUUUGGAUACCAGGAAUACGGAGCAGACGACUUCUCCAAUUUCUUCUCGCUGUACAACUCAGGAGCACCACCAGGUGCUCGUUCUAAUACGGUUAACCGCACUCCUGAUGCUGAAUUGGAAGUCAAUGUUACCCUUGAAGAGUUGUAUGUGGGUAAAGUGGUCAAAAUCACCAGUACUAGAAACGUCAUUUGUCACACUUGCCAGGGCACCGGGGCACGCAAGAAGGCAGCAGUGAAGGAGUGUACCAUGUGUAGCGGAAAGGGUUACACCACGAAAAUCAAGCGUGUUGGGCCCGGCUUGGUUUCUCAGUUCCAUGUGGACUGUUCCACGUGUAAAGGAACAGGUAAGAUGAUGAGAUCCAAGGAUAAGUGUAAGCAUUGUGGCGGCGAGAAGGUAGUGGAGGAGACUAAGAUUCUCGAGUUUGAGAUUUUGCCGGGCUCCAAAAGUGGAGAGUCUGUUGUUCUAAAGGGUGAGUCUGAUGAGUUUCCAGGUAAGCAGACUGGUGAUGUCAUUUUAACGUUUCACUGCAAAGAUCAUGAAAAAAUAGUUAGAAAGGGCGACGAUUUGUACAUCAAGUACAGAAUUUCGCUCGUAGAUGCCUUGUCGGGUUUUUCAAAGGUGGUCAUGAAGCAUUUGGACGGCCGUGCUAUCCAUGUUACUACUCCAAAAGGUAAAGUGGUGAGACCAGGCGAUUAUCUCAAGAUCAAGGGAGAAGGUAUGCCUAUUAAGGGUAGCACAGGAUGGUUUUCUUCCACCCAGAAGAGAGGAGAUCUUUACAUCGAAAUGGACAUAGAAUUUCCUCCUGACAAUUGGUACUUAGAGAAGAACGACUUGGUCAAGCUCAAAAAUUUGCUACCUACAGAGCUUAAGGAGAAAUCCAAGCAAGAGAUUCUGGGCGACUCAUUGCCAGAGGCCAACAUUGAGUACGUGACAGACUUCACCAUCGCUAGAGAAGAGGCAUUGCCUGACUACAAUCCACCAAGGGAAGAUGACAAAUCUUAUGCUAAUUUCUCAGAGCACUAUGGGGAUCAUCCUCCAGAGUAUACUCCAGAGUGCACCACACAGUAA